CCAUGGAGGCGUUCUUAUGGAUGUGCACCAGGGCCAGGUAGAUGCGAUGGAGCUAAAUAGACAGCACUGGCGAUCUCAGACAGAGAGAUCCAGCUGGUUCACUCAACACAGCAUCUCUUGCAUCACCAACACUCACUGUCACUGGCAGCGAUCGGAUGGAGAAUAAGUUACGUAUUAUCCGACACAGGCCGCCAACAGAGAUCGAUUACUGUCGUAAGUUGUCAAACAGUGAGUUUUAUAAACAUUUAAUCCAUUUUAGGCAUGAAAUGUUCAUUAGGAAGAUUAUACAUUGGUAUGUCUUGCACUGACAGAUGGAGCUGCAAAAACAAACAAAACCAGACUGUUAUCAAUUCGAUUAAAACGUGCGCGGUGUUAACUUAAUUAAUCGAUUCUAAUCUUCGCUGGUAUAUUUAAAUAAUAAGAUUAGCAGAAAUCAAGCCGCACAACAACAGCUCUCUCCAUGCGGAAAUGCGGAGCAAACGAGCGUCGUGAUUGGCUGCCCACCGUGUGUACUUCCGGAAACAAAUCGGUUCACAUCCGCUCUACAGCCGGCAUCAUUGAGUGAUGCUUUCACAUUUCUGAGGUUUAUGGUCAACAUUAUUACAAAAAACAGCGUUUAAAGCGUCGUUUGUGCGUGUCUGUUGUAAGCUAGGAUGAAGUUUUGGAGCUCCUGGUGAUAAAGUGGGUGCCAUGCAGAGACGCCACAGCAGCAACACUGAGGGCAUGCCGCCAGAAAGGAACAGGAGUCAAGCUCUCGGUUCAGAGAGCAGCCUUGAUGAAGGAGGAGUGUUUGACUGUCUGAAGCCAGACUCUCCUACGUCGCCCCAGCAGCUCUUCUCUGGUCUGGUGGGCGUCUCUGCUGGGAACGUGUCCUCAGCUCCUUUCCAGGCUGCAGGGCUGGUUCUGGGUUCUCCACCGGAUGUCUUCAUCCAGAUGGCGUCCUCAUCGAGGGACGAAGGCUCUCACCGGACGGAGAACCCACCUUAUCUCCCUCGCCCUCCUCAGCACCAUCAUCAUCAUCACUCCGGCCAGCACCGCUCUUCUCUCCUGCAUGCGGCCACCUCUGCUGAGAGACACGGGAGUAGAGAUGAUGGAAGUGAUGAUGCCUCUACACCAGCUCCUGCUCUCUCUGAGCUCAAGGCCAUGGUCACAUGGCUUCAGAGGGGAUUCCCUUUUAUCCUCAUUCUCCUCGCUAAAAACUGCUUUCAGCACAAGCUUGGAAUUGCUAUUUGCAUUGGAAUGAUCAGCACAUUUGCCUUUGCUAACUCAAAGCUGAAGCAUCAGGUGGCAUUGCGGGAGGAGAGGUCUGUGUUUACCACCCUCUGGAUUAUGAUCUUUCUCGCUGGCAACAUUGUGUAUGUGUAUUACACAUUCAGUGCAGAGGAACUUCACAACAGCCUUAUUUUUACGAAGCCAAACAUCAACAGUUAUGAUUUCUUUGACCUGAUCUGGGCUGUUGGAAUAACAGAUUUUGUGCUGAAAUAUUUCACCAUCGAGCUUAAAUGCCUCAUUCUGUUCCUGCCUAAAAUGAUCCUCGCUUUCAAGUCCAGGGGGAAAUUUUAUCUGCUCAUAGAGGAGCUGAGUCAACUCUUCAGAGCUUUGGUUCCCAUCCAGCUGUGGUACAAGUACAUCAUGGGUGAAGAUCCAUCCAGCAGCUACUUCCUCGGGGCAACGCUGAUUAUCAUCUACAGUCUUUGUAAGUCUUUUGAUUUGUGUGGAAGAAUAUCUGGUAUUCGGAAAGCAUUCGUCAUUCUCUGUAGCUCACAGAGUUACGGUACGAGAGCCAGUGCUCAGCAGUGCAGUGAGGCCGGGGAUGUGUGUGCGAUCUGCCAGGCUGAGUUUAGAGAGCCAAUCGCACUGCUCUGUCAGCAUGUGUUCUGUGAGGAGUGUUUAUGCCUGUGGUUUGACCGUGAGAGAACGUGUCCGUUGUGUCGGUCAGCGGUGGUCGAAACUCCGCGCAACUGGAAGGACGGCACAACGUCAGCACACUUUCAGAUCUACUGAAUGGAGACCCAGCUGAUUGAUGAAGGUUUUCAGGUCGACUAGAAUCAGAUAAAACAUGCAUAAAAUGAUCCUGUUUGUAAUGUUGUAAAAUGGGAAUUGUGACGAUAUGUUACGUCAUUGAAUGUAAUGUACAAGCGCACCAUUACAUUAUGUCCG